AGGAACUGCGCCGACGUCGUUUCCGUUCCGCGAAGUAGAAACUUUUGGCGCCCCGGGUCUUUUAAAAACAGCUCCCAAACACCGACGGAGACAGCAGAGAGAUGGGCGAGAGGACGACGACCACCACAGGCGUCGGUUUAACGGACUAAAUCGCUGGCUAGGGCCGGUAGGUUGUGGCGAAUAAACCCCCCCCCGGUUCGAGAUGAGGCAGAACAAGCCCUCCUCGGACAGCUGUGGCUGAAACCUGUGCGCGGUUCGCCUUCUGUUUGACUGCACCCCGCCGGAAAACAUAUCGCUAGUAACUACGCGCGCACCUGCCCGCGGUCUAAUCGGAGUCACCAUGAACAGGACCAAAAUGAAGAAACCCAAGGCGACUCUAGGAGGGCAGAAGAACAUCUCAUCCUUCUUUUCCUCUCAAAACCACAAGGAUGAGUCACUUUCAAAGAAGUUAUCCAUUGCUGACACUGCAUUUGCAAAGACUGAACCUCAGAUGGAAGAUGGUUUGAGUGCUCCAUUGAGACUCCACUCCCCCUUAAAGAGGCGUAUUCUGGGGGACCUUGAGAACCUCCUGCCCUCCUCGCCAGAUCUUCUCCUCUCUGUGCCAGAGACCCCCAACAGUCAGAUCAGGCUUGCCUCUUGCUCUCCCUCCAGAGAGGCAGGUCCUCUGAGCACCCCUAGCAGAGAGGUGGCGAGCAUGGCAAAAACUGGCUCGUUGUCCCCCAUCUGUCUAAGUCCCCACUCCAAAGGGCCGCCUGCACGGAGAUUAAUAUCCAAUGAGGGAGGAAGAACAAAGAGGGAAGAGGGAUGUUCUGGCCCCCUAAAAAGACUCUUCAGUCCCCCUGAAGACUCCCACAAUGCCAAGAGACCAAGAACAGUGAUCAGCCCUACAUUUAGCAACCUAAAAGUAACAAGAUCUGUGACUGGCCAUGAGAAGACGCCUUGUUUCUCCAGUGUGCAGUUAGAGGGUCAGUCCGAGAGGUCGGGUCACAGCCGAGGUACUGAAGUGGUCUUUAAUGACAGCAGAAACGCAAAGAUUUCACUGAAGUCUGUUUCCUGCAACUCUUUGGGGGGACACAGAAAACAGCAGGAAGAGAGAGACGAAGAAGAGACACAUUCUGGUUUUACUGUGAUAACAGAACAGAAAGCAACUGAGGUGAAAACCAAUGGAAACCCACACACUUAUCAGGAUAAGAAUACUCAUACACUUGUUGCUCAUGUGCGCAAACCCAGUGCACAGAGUAUCACGCCUGCACCACAGAGAAGUGCAAAGGAGAGAGAGGUCGACCUAAACGAGAAAGAGGCUACAAGAACAGCCAGGACAUUGCCGAAUGGAGGCAGAGAUAAUGUGCCAUCGUCCAAUCAAGAGCAAGCUGGAGGGAUGACCUCAGCAUGUCCUAUGGAAGAGAGGUUGGAUGAGAGCUGGUUUGCAGAGCACAUGCAUGUUAACGAAGUUCUUGUCACAGAGGAUAAAUCCAAAAACCCCUUUGAGGUACCAGACCACGUGAUCCUUUCUGGUGGCAUUAACAACCGCUACUGGGUUUUGGAUGUGGAGGAGGGGCCUGGUCACAAAACGCUGACCAUCUCGUGCUACAAAUCUCUGCAUCCAACUGAGACGUGUCUGCUUAAAGAUGGAUGGGAGGUGACGCCUGUUUGUCGUGGUGAUGUGGUGCAUCUGGAGGGCCACUCUAAUGGUGGGUCCUGGUUAGUGGACAGGGAGCAGGGCUUUCUGGUUUUACUGCCUGAUAGCCUGAUCUCAGGUACCAGCAUCUCAAGCUCCAUCCGCUGCAUGAGACGUGCAGUGCUGGGUGAUAUGUUUAAGAGUUUUGACGGUGGCUCAAAGCAGAUGCUGAACGGCACCAUGGUCCAUGAAGUCUUUCAGAGAGCAGCCACAGCUAAAGAUUUUUCUUUGGAGACACUGUCCAAGCUGGCUGACCAGGCACUGCACAGUCCAAAGUACCUGGGAGACAUGUACAGUUUGGGUGUAAGUCAGGAAGAGAUGAAGCAGGAACUGCAUGAUUAUCUGCCUUCACUAGAACAUUGGGCAAAGGAAUACAUCAGCUCCCCAACACAAAAAGCCAUCAGUCUCAAAAUCCGUAGCAACAGCACAGCUCCAAGCAGGGAUCAGGACUCUGCAACUGUUGUCACGGUUACAGAGCUGGCAGAUAUAGAGGAGAAUGUAUGGUCACCAAGAUUUGGUCUGAAAGGGAAAAUUGAUGUGACAGCACGGGUUCGAGUCCAAAGACCACGAAACGGCAGUCACAGAUCCCUGGAGAAGACUGUCCCCCUGGAGCUAAAAACUGGAAGAGAGUCAAACUCGAUAGAGCAUCGCAGUCAGGUGAUCCUGUACACUCUGAUGAGUAUGGAGCGAUACAGUCCUGAAGCCGGCCUCCUGCUUUACCUUAAGACUGGCAACCUGCAUCCCGUAGUGGCCAGCCACAUGGACCGCAGAGAGCUGCUGAAGCUGAGGAAUACGCUGGUUCAUCACAUUCACAACUGUGUAGAGAAGGGAGCAGAGCGGAGCUGCUUGUCUAGACUUCCUGACAUCCUGACAAACAGACAAACCUGCCAGUAUUGCCCUCAAAGGAGAAACUGUGCUUUAUAUGAGAGAGCGGUGGUUAGCAGCUCUGCAGAUGUCAGCGAGGAUGUUGUGCGUGACUUUCUGCAGCAGGAGACAGGACACCUGACUCCACCACAUCUGAGCUAUUUUUCCCACUGGCUGUUACUAUGCUGCCUUGAAGCUGCCACCAUGGAGGCCAAGAAUGGCCGAAAGCGUGUGUGGCUUCAGACGGUUGAGGAGAGUGAGAAGAAUGGGAGCUGUGUGGGGAAUCUGCAGCUCAGUGGCCCAGUGACCGCCCCGUCUGAAGGAGUUUUCCUCCAUUGCUUCCAGAGACGUGGUGUUGCACAGCAGCAGGGUUUGGCCAACAGUGGUCUGGCCAGCGGGGAUCGCAUCGUUGUUAGCGACCAGGAAGGUCGUCUUGUUGGCUUGGCAACAGGAUACCUGUGUGAGGUCAGCAGGACAUCGAUCAGCUGCACUCUGGACAGAAACUUGUCAAAGUUCAGUGGUGUGUUGUUUCGAUUGGACGGUGAUGAAGGUGUGGUGGGCCUCAGUACUCACCUCACCAAUCUCUCCAGACUGAUGGAAAACUGCCAGGACAGUGAUCGUCUUAGGGAGCUGGUUGUUGACCUUCAUCCUCCAGAGUUUAUUUCCAGCCUCAGUUCUGUUCUGCCCAGAGAGGCCAAGGACACUGUGGCCAACAUUCUCAAAGGUCUCAACAAACCCCAGAAGCAAGCCAUGAAGAAGGUGUUGUUAUCGAAAGACUACACACUGAUUGUUGGCAUGCCUGGCACCGGAAAAACCACAACCAUCUGCACCCUGGUUCGCAUCCUACAUGCGUGUGGGUUCAGUGUGUUGCUGACCAGCUACACACACUCUGCUGUUGACAACAUCCUGCUGAAGCUAAAGCGUUUCCGGGUUGGGUUCCUGCGUCUGGGGCAGGGGCAGAAGGUUCAUCCAGACAUCCUGCCUUACACAGAGGAAAGUGCCAGGAAGAAGGGAGUUCACGCUCUCUCGGAGUUGGAGCAACUUUAUAACAAGGAGCUGGUAGUGGGAACCACCUGUAUGGGCAUCAAGCAUCCUAUUUUCACACGUCGGCGGUUUGAUUUCUGCAUCGUAGACGAGGCGUCACAGAUCAGCCAGCCUAUCUGUCUGGGACCCCUUUUUUAUGCCAAGAGAUUUGUCCUGGUCGGAGAUCACCAACAACUGCCGCCAAUAGUGAAAAACCUGGAAGCUAGGUCACUUGGGAUGGACGAAAGCCUAUUUAAGCGACUAGAGCUCCACAGUGAAGCAGUGGUCCAACUCAAUGUACAAUAUCGGAUGAACAGGCAGAUAAUGUCUCUCAGUAACUCCCUGAUGUACGAGGGCCGGCUGGAGUGUGGAUCAGAGAGGACAGCCUCAGCCCUGCUUACCCUACCUUUCCUGCUUUCAGUCCAAUCGGAGCUUAGUUCCUACUCUCAGACUCAUCCCCAGCACAACCUGACAUGGAUACAGGCCACAUUGUCGCCCAGCAACCCUGUUUGCUUCCUCGAUUGCUCAAUGGUGCCAGCACUAGAGUCGGUGGAGCAGGGAGGCAUAAGCAAUCACACCGAGGCAGCUCUCAUACACAAGUUGCUUUCACUGCUGAUAAAGGCAGGGUGUAAGCCCAGUGAUAUAGGUGUUAUCGCUCCCUACAGACAGCAGUUAAAGAGUAUCUCUGCUCUGCUGCAGUCCUCCGCUUUCACCGGUGUGGAGAUAAACACAGUGGACAGAUACCAAGGACGGGACAAAGGUCUAAUUGUGCUUUCUUUUGUCAGGAGCACUGCAGAGGAAGGAAAUUUAGGAGAGCUGUUGAAGGACUGGCGUAGACUGAAUGUAGCCAUUACCAGGGCCAAACACAAGCUGCUGAUGGUGGGCUCUGCCACGACGCUACGACGCUACGCACCUGUGGAGAAACUACUCAACCAUCUCCAGCAAGAGAACAUGAUUAUCCAGCUCCCACCAGCUGCCCACAAGGCCUUACCCAGCAUGCACCUAUGACAGAAGGCUGUGAAGCCAUGAUGGCGUCUCAGAUCAACUGCCUAUCUUACAGUGGAGCACUUGCUGCAAAUGAGUGCCAGUCUGUAAAAGCACUGCGUGAUCUGCCAGAAUGUUGGGAUCAAACAAAUGAGCUGUAAAUACUUGUGGGAGUCAUCAGUUGUCAACAAUUCAAAAUCUAGUUAUUGCUGUGUUGCUGUGCAACAAGCAUUAGGUGGAGUUUAGCUGGAGAUACAGAUGUCGCUAGAAAAGUAGCGACAUCUGAACAACAUGUAGGCUUUCAAGGGGAUGCUGGAUCUGAUCCACACCAUACUAGUUAAACAUUGUAAGUUUUAUAAUGGAAUAACUUUACAUUACAGCAAAUGCUAUGUUGAUUUCAGAUGCACCAUUCAACAGAAUAUCUCCUCCUCCUGAUGCUUUUUUGAAGAUUGUGAGGUGAUCGUUUGGCAUUCUCGAUUUUUGUAAGACCUCAUAGGCUAAAUCUACAGACCCUCUACAAGCUUUGUAGAGACCUUAAGGUUUUGGCUGCUAUUGUUGUUGUUGAUUUUAUUUUAAAAGUCCCUGCUGUGAAACACAAAGACACAAAACUAAACUAAAGCUAAAACAUGUUGAACUGACUCUGGUAGAUUAUGGUAAAAAGCAUCAAACUAGGACUGGUCACUAUUCAUAAAGUGAGAUAUUUUUGAUCAAAUACUUCUGUCAUUACACUGUGACAAUAUUUUAGGCAUGACUUUUGGUACUUCCACAAGGCAUUUUCCGAACACAGCUCAGGAAGUCAUCAGUAAUGUGAAUAUGGAGACCAAACAGGUAGUUAUCUAUAAUCCAUUUCACUUAGCUACAAUAGUCCAAUAGGUUCAUAAAUCUCUGUGAGUUAACCACAUUGCAGGCUUAAGGAAUUAAAAACCUUGGACUAAAAAGUUUCGCUAUAUCAUAACAUUACAUUAACCAAAUUACUUGCAGUCUUAAAUAGUAGUAUUUAGUAGAUCACUAGACUUCAUAUUUACUUGAACUCUGUUAUAAUCUGUGAAUGAGCUACACUGAUUUACAACUGCAACGGCAUGGAAACAACUAACUGGUCUAUAAAUAAAUUGAUACUUUUUUUUUUUUUUUGUAAAAGAGAGAGUUUACAGCAUAACAUUGUCAGUUCAGCAAAAACUAAAGUAAAACCAAGCAU